AUGGGCACUGGUAGGCAGCACUGAUGGGCACUGAUGAGGUGGCACUACUGGGCACUGAUGGGCGGCACUGAUGGAUGAGUCUAUGCCCAGGGGCAGACUGACAAUUCAUGGUGCCCCCGGGCAAAAGGGGAUCAUGGGGCCCCUGUGUCCUUGCCCAAACUCAAAAAAGCCUAUGAAAAAGGUACCAGGGGCAUCUCAUCGGGCCCCAUACUGACCCUGGGCCCUCGGGCAGUGCCCGAGUUUCCAAAUGGUCAGUCUUCCCCUG